CGCCACGCCCGGGAAGACGAGCGGGGGCACCGCCCGGAACGGCCCCAGCGCUGGGCGGGGGGCGCACGGACCGCGUCCCCGCCCCCUCGUCCUCCGCGCUCCCGACCCGGGCAGCGGUGUCUGGCGCGCUCCUGAGUGGUUGGCCCAGAGCUUGGUCCUGAGCCCCCUCCCAGCGGAGCCGGGGAUCUGGAAGAUGGGGCGUGCCAGGGCCAGAGUCGGGAUCCAGGGGUAGUUAAGGAGGUCGAGGUGCCAAGGGCUGCCCUGGGCACCCCCGUUCCUGGGACGGGGACCAGCAACCACUCACCUGUGGCCGAGGAGGAGGUGGGCGUCCCAGUACCGGCACCGGGUCUCUUGCAGGUCACGGAGAGGCGGCAGCCCCUGAGCAGCGUCUCGUCCCUGGAGGUACACUUCGACCUCCUGGACCUCACCGAGCUGACUGACAUGUCCGACCAGGAGCUGGCCGAGGUCUUCGCCGACUCGGAUGACGAGAACCUGGCCAGCGACUCGCCCGCAGGCCUACACCCGCUGCCCAGGGCCGGCUGUCUGCGCUCCCCCUCCUGGACACGCACCAGGGCCGAGCAGAACCGUGAGAAGCAGCCCUUUGGUGACCCCGAGCGGCAGCCUGCCGUUGUGGACACGUUUCUCACCGUGGAGAGGCCCAAGGAGGACUAGGCCGGCUGGCCCGGGGCCGAGGCGGGGCAGGUCCGGGCGGCCGUGGCCCCGUGGACGCUGCCCGCCCCGCGUGGCGCCUCUGCAUAAGCACAGCCCAGUGGCCUUACGUCCAGCUCUUCCUGGUCGCUGGAUCAGGGACCAGGCCCAGGGAUGAGACGAGACUUCUGUCUGUAGGAAUGGUAUUCUUGUCUGUCACCAGACUCCCGGCUAGGGGUGCGGUGAGCAGGGAUCUGCCCGUGAGAGGCGCUCUGCAACCCCCCGGGGGUCUCGGGGCUCCAGUCUUGAACGGCAGUGCCAAGCUCCAGCCCGCGGGACACCCUGCUGCCCUAACCGCCUUGAUUCCAACCCUGCGCCCCUCCUGCCGCCCAGGAAGUGUCAGCACCAGAGCCCCCAGACCCUAACACCCUGCUUGUCGUGAGCCCUGCCUGAGAGCCAGACCCACCUCCUGAGCUCGGAACACCAAAUAUGUCACGACUGCCUCAGACCGCCGGGCAGGGCAGGGGCAGGCGAGGUUCGCCCUCCCCCGGUCCUUGCAAUGACAGUCCCCGCGGCCCACCAGACACACGCACGCACACGCGUGCAGCAGCCCGAGGGGCGUGGGGACGUGAAGGGACCUGGGCACAGCGCCUGGCCCCCAAUUCCGGGGUGCCAGACUCGGCUGCUCCGGACGCUGCUUACAUACUAAGGGACGGAACCGGCUUCCAGUCAGACAGCGAGUCCAAGAACAGUUUUAAAAUAAACGUGUAAGCUUGCUUUUAGUCCCCAAGGCCACCUGCCCUGACCCCUUCUCCACUGAAACAUUUCUGGGGAAGGAAAACAGGCCUGGGCACAUGCUGGGCCCACGGGGCGUGGCUACAGCACGUCCCGCCAGGAAAAGGGUCGCCCUAUGCGCCAGGAGGGGCACGUGAGGGGCAGCAACAGGGACGUGUCUUCCAGACACAACCAAGAAUUUCACUUAAAAGGGAUCCCGUGAGGGCAGCCGUGCCCCCCCGCCCCCCAGUCUUCCCCCGGGCCGAGUUCCCAUCCUUCUCGCUAUGGCUUCUGCAGAUCUCAUUUCCAAACAGCAGGAUUAAAACGGCACCCUGUCCUAAGUCUCGCCGACCAGUCUCUUCCUUUCCAGCUGACGUGGGAGCUCAGGCGUGCGGGCCGGGGGUGGCUGCUCCAGGGGCCUCCAGGAGCUCCACCUCUGGCCCUCCCCCAGCUAAAGCCACUGGGGGUUCCACUGUGACAUGCCCUGGGCUCUUAUUUGGGUCACAUCUCAGGGCCAAGCGCCCUGGCUCUCGAGGCAUUAAAGAAGCGAAGACCCUGCCUCCACAAGCCCAGGCUGGAAGAGGCAGAGGUACUCCCGAGAGGCUCUUCCCAGCCUGGGGCAGGUUUCUGGGGAGGCAGCCGCCAGGCAGGGUCCGCCUGUGAGCAGAAGACCAAGGAUGAAGCCUAAACCCUGACCGUUUUAACCACCAUGAGACGCAGGCCGCGUGCCCCGUGCCGGGCGGUUCCUCCUGCGGGGCUGAGCCUCCCUAACCCGAGAUCCUUGGCCAGGCAUCGGCCCAGGUGGGGCGAUGGCCCAGACAGGGUGCGAGGUGAAGUGGGGGCUGAGGAGACUGGAGGGGGUGCAGGCACGGGGCACGCAGGCAGGGGCGCUGUCCCCAGGGGCGUGCCCUGGACCCGGGGAGGGGCUGCACCCAGUCUCCCAAGGAGCAGACCCCCAGGCUCAGGACAACGUGAGUCCUUCCUGGGGUCAAGGAGAGCACCCCACCUCCACCAGAAGAAGCGGCAGGACAGGCCCCUGCAGGACGCGAAGCAGCUCAACACACGGAGGCUGAGUGGUCAAGGCUGCGCCACAGGGCGAACCCCCGAGACCUCAGAAAUUCAGUAAUACACAUUGCACAAGCAACGAACUUGAAAGUGUUUGUCCCAAGCUGGACACUCUAUUUUUGAGGCAAACAUAGCACACGAUUCGGCAAAUUUCAUCCCUGAGGCCCAGCGUGUGGCCAUGGCUGGGACAGCAGCGGCGGGCACGUGGGGCGGUGCCCCUGCUCCCGCAGUCAGCCCGCAUCACCCACCGCAAGGCAGCAGCUGCUGCUACUGUCACAAUUCUGACGACUCUGACGCGCUGGCCGUGUUCUGGGGACCCGCGGGGCCAUUGCCACUAACCCCGACUCCCCGGGGCUGGGCCCUGGUCUCGCUCCAGGACCAACCGGGGAAUGGAAGGCUCAGCCCUAGAGCUUAGCUACGGCCCCCGGUGGCUGUCCUACCACGUGGAGCAACCCAGAGCCCCCUCUCCUGGACCCUAACAACACGGGCCACGAGGAACACAGCUUCCCGGAGACGCAGGGUUGGCAAGGCCCCGACCCUGAGAACAGGGGUGGCUCCGCUGGGGCAGCCCUCAGGCUCAGCCCCCACAGACACCCGCGUGUGGAAGUGGCGAGGCCCCUCCGUAAGGACUGACUGGUCUUCCAGCACCCUGACAGCUGCGUGCUGGGCGCCUGGCUAGUGUCCUCCUUUCCUCAAUUCCGAACCUCACCAGACCUGGAGGAUUUCUGAACUGGGCCAAAAGCCCCCGCCCCGUCUCUCCCCAGGGCAGGUGAGGUGACCAGCACCGAUGUCCCCGCGCUGGGCAGCUCUCCCCGGCAGAUGAGCCCACCACCCACCUCGGGGGAGGCCCGGGGGGUCCUACACGCAGGCCCCCAGGGGGCAGGUGCGUUUCGGCCACUGCCCUCCCCUCUGACUCGGGAACAGGGUCCCAGCCCCCGCCUCGGUGGAAGGGCGCGUUCUGGGAGCUGGAAUCCCCGUGGGCUCAGAGGACCCUGACCUGAAAACACCCCUUUGUGAUUAUCACGCGUUUUAAUUUGCUCUCUGGAGAUUCCGGAGGCUGCUCUCCAGGCAGGGGCGCUAGGCUGGGCUCUCCUGCAGGGGGCACUCCGUGCCGCCCUCCUCCGGCCCCCAGCACCGGCCCUUCAGCCCCUGGGGAAGGGACGUGUCCUCCAGGCCACCGGUGCCCUCCACGAGCUCCUCGUAGGCGGUCUUCUCCGCCAAGGGUCGGGGCCCAAGCAGCUCCACCAUGGCGGCACGCUCCAGCACCUCCUUCCCCAGCAGCCGCCUGCCCACCUGCACACCGGGCCAUGUCAGGCCGUCCGCUCGGCGCCCCGCAGAGCCCCCGCCCCGACCCUGGGGACGGGCCGGCCCCACUCGCCUCGUCCACCCGCUCCCGGGAGCGCGUCAACAGGUCCAGGGUGUGCGUGUGCGCAGAGCUGACCAGCCGCCGAGCCUCCUGGUCGAUGAGCUGGGCCGUGGCCUCGCUGUACGGCUUCUCCACCAGUGCCUUGCCAGGCCAGGGGAGGUCGAAGGACACCUGGCCCAGCUUCUCGCUCAUCUCGAACUGCACAAUCUGGGGCAGGCGAGGGGCGGGCGUGAGCCUGGCAGACGGUGCCCUGAGCCCCCUUCCCAGCCCCCGCGGACACUGCCUUACCUGGGCGUAGGCACUCUGGGUGACCUUCCUCAGGUCGUCCUGGGCCCCCGUGGUGAUCUGCCCGAAGAACAGCUGCUCGGCCACCCAGCCACCCAGCAUGGCGCACAUGCGGUCGAAGAGCUGCUCCCGCGUGUACAGGUACUGCUCCCUGGGCAGGCACUGGGCAUACCCGAGCCCCUUGCCCCGGGGGAUGAUGGACACCUGCCAGAUACGGCAGGCGUGCCCUGUCACCCCCAGGGUCCCCGGGUAUCCCGGAGGAGGAGAGGAAACCCUGGGCCCCAGCGCUGACAGGUCACCCCAAGGAUGAACACAGAAGCCCCCUCUGUCCCGCCGUCCCAGGAAGCUGUGGAGGAGCCGUGCCGUCAGGGGAAAGUUUAGAGUGAGGUGAGUUUAACGUGGAACCUCCAAGUGUCAGGUGGCCAGCAUCCAGACCCCUCCUGGAACCAGCACCCCCCCCCGCCCACCCACCCCUCAGGGAAUCGUGUAACAAAUUCUAGACGAUUACAUCCUCAAAGAGUGAAGAGGGCCACCACCUGGAAUGCACCGUGCCCACACAGCACCCCCGGGAGGGGAGUGGGCCCUGAACCACACCGCAGAUGCGCAGGGGGAUGGGCCAACCUUGAGCAGGGGGUCUGCGUGCUCCAGGAACCAGCCCACCACCGCAUGGCCAGCCUCACGGUAGGCCACCGUCGUCUUCUCGCUGGGCUGUAGGACCUGCGUCUUCUUCUCGAGACCUGCAAGUCAAGUUCACGGCAAGAGGCAGAGGACAAACGGACAGCUGAGAGGUGGGUGCCAAGGCCCCAUUCUGCACCGCGGGUGUGCUGGGGGCUGCUCAGGGCCUCCGUCCGCCCAGGACAGGCCCGCAGCCUGCCCGCUCCACGCACACCGCUCAGGCCUGCUGGGUACCUGUCCCUCCACACCAGACGCUACGCUGCCUUCUGCCCCACCGUGCAAGCGGCAGGUGCCUUUGGGGGCCCGUUUGUAGCCAAGGGGGUUAGCUACUCUCCGUGGCCUGACUGGCAGUGAAGCCGGACGCAGGGAGACCAGGAGCGCUCUCUAUGCCGCCUACACCCAGUUGCAGGCAGGGAACAGGGCACAGAGAAGGCACCACGACUCGCGUGAGCUCAGCUUCAGGGCUGGUCAGCUCAGCGGCGCCGCCAGGACAGCGUCGAGCAGCUGUGGCGACUGCCUUGGGUCACUGACACUUGUCUGUGCACACCACACUUCAAUAAAACAUGAAGCAAAGACAAAGCAGCCCUGCCAACCUGCUGUCUGGAGACGGGCUGGUUCUCACAGCUGUGGGGUGGGAUCAUGAAGGACAGCUGCUGGCCACACGGACACCUCCCGGACCUCCGUUCCCGGGAGGGCACUCGGGAGACCUCCACCCCACGCUGAAGCUUCCCAAGGAAGCACGCAAAAAACCUGCCUCUCGGCCACGGGCAGCACCCGAACCUGGGUCUGACGCAGCGCCCUGGAGGUUACAUCUCUUUGAAAUUCUAAAUGUUGCUCUAGUAAGAGCACGAAAGCUGCUGGCAGAUCCCAAGUCCCAGAUUUUGGUCUGGAAAACUGUCCACGACUGCAGCUCACUGAAGUGAAGCUGGGCCCCAGGGUGGGCCCGCUGUGGGUCAAAGCUGGAAACCGCCCCCCAGCACUGCCCGGCUCGCCUCCGACGACCCUCUCAACCGCCUGCUCCAAGCGCUUCUCCUGGACAAAAGGACUCAGGUGGCGGGUGGCGAUCAGGGCCGCUUCGUUGCAAACAUUAGAAAUAUCAGCACCUGACCCGGAAAAGGAGAAACAGUCCCAUCAGUGCCCCAGGGCGGACUGUUAGAGGAAAAUCUCCAGCAGAGGGACCAGAGCUAAACUAGGUCAAGGACUGGAAGGAAAACGGGACCUGCUCUGUCAGUCACCGUUGCUUUCAGCCAGUAUUUUGGUUGAACAAUUUACUGAGGUAUGAGUUAUUUAACAUAAAAUCUAUCCGUUUUAAGUGUACAUUUCAAACACUUUGGGUAAGUUUAUCAAGAUGUGCAACCAUUGCGCUGAUCUCAUUUCAGACGUUUCCAUCACCGAUGUGACGUAUGUGGCUAAUUCCUGUACACGUGCCCAGCCAACCACUAACAUACUUUCUAUCUCUAUGGAUUUGCUUCUUCUGGACGUUUCACAUAAAUGGAAUCACGUGA